ACUCUUUGUUCGAUUCUCGAUCGGAGUGUGUGCUGUGACGUUAGCUGUUAAUAUAAACAGAAUACUAAUAUUUAUAUUGUGUCAGGAUUUUGGAAAUUAUUUAUCAUUGUAAAUUUUUUACAUUUUUGUUUCAAGUUCCAUAAUUUAUUUGAAGAAAAUAACAUAUACUUAAAAGUUUAAUGUAUGGUGUUGAUGUUAAGCAAGGAAUGCCUUGUAUACUUUGAAGGUUUAUGUAAUGGCAUUACAGGGCAACCUUAGUAAGAGUGACCACUUCACUAAGACUGGUUAUGUCACAAGGCGCCCAAGAAAGAGCAGAGCAAGCAGGUCUCUCGCACAUCAUUUUCACGAUGAAAGUGGUGCUCAGUCGAAUGGUGUACGGGUUAGCAGCCGACUUAAAAAUAUACAAGAAGAUGCUCUGACCGAGUCUUUGGUGUGUGAAGUCGGUGAUGGCAGUGAUGAUUCGAGGGGUAUUUCAUAUUUGGAACAGUCCAUUGAUGUGUCCAGUCUUAACGAUUUGUCAGACUUUUCCAAGAAGAAACAAACUGAUAAUGCUGAAGUUACCAGAGCCAAUGACACUGCUAGGCGAAGCAAAGUCUUUGAGAAGCAACAUCACCAUAUCACAGCUGACAUUAGUUCAGAUGGCGUCAGCAGUGAUGAUACUGCCUCACUGAACAGUUUCGAGUGUGUUGUUUCCGAUAAAGUUGGGUUGGCCACUAAAGGUCACAAAAAUAAGUCUAGCUGUAAAUCUAAAAAGUCUCUAAACAGCACUGAUGGAAUUUAUCAUCAGGAUGACUCGACUACAAAGACAGACAGAAAUAGAUUAUCGUCAGCCUCACACAACGCUACGAGAGGUAGUUUUGGAAGUCCUCAGCUGGUUGAAGAGUCGCCAGAUGUAGAAAUGUUUGGGAUGGCAGCUAAAGGCCACAAUUUCAGUCGUAGUAAAAUUAAAGAGCCCGUCUCUGAAGCCACUGUCAGUGUAAAUGGUGGAAUGAGAAGUUUGCUAGAACAUAAGAGCCCAACUUUGCUGCACUCAGUUAGAGAAGUGUUGCAGCCAGAUGAGAAUGUUACUCCAAGGAUUAGACGAGAAAUAGGAAUUUUUAGUGCAGAUAGGACACAAGGUAGGGAACUCUUUACGAAACUCUUGGAGGCAGCAAGAGAAACACUGUCAAGAUCUGCACGGAAAGCAUCUUCUUGCAUGUCAAGAAACACACCAGCCAUAGAUGGUAUAACCAAACUAGCUAGCACCACACCAACUUCACAGCACAGAAGAGUUUUGGAAAACAUAGACACACCUACGAAUCAGUUGAGUGCAGCCAAAGCGCAUAUUUCCAUCAGGACUGUUCCAGUUACACCCAAAACUCCAAAAUCUGUACAUUUCCGAGACUUUCCAAGAAGUCCAAGUUUAUCCAAAAUGUCUCUUCAGAGAAGUGUGAUUAUUAGUCCUGCCACAACAGUGUGUGAGAAUAGUUUUAGAACAUCAGAGCAUCAAAGUUGUCCACCUGACAGAGCACUGUCUACAACCCCAGUAAACCGAAAAAUGCAGUUGUCAGGUGAUAAGGUUCCGGCACGUGACGUGGAGUCUCCCAUUCCAGACACUCAGCCUGUUUCUGCAGUUCUUCUGAAAGACGUGGUGGCGUAUGUGGAGGUGAGAAGCAAUGGGGAGGAUCGGUCUGCCGGAGUGAAGUCUCACCUGCAGGAGCUGGGAGCCACCGUGGUCGACCGACUGAACAAGAGGGUAACCCACGUCUUGUUCAAAGAAGGAUUGCUCUCCACAUACAACAAGGCCAUGAAAUGGCACAUCCCAUUGGUAACAGUGCAGUGGAUAGAGGAGUGCAAGAAGAGAGAGUGCGUGGUUUCAGAACGGCUGUUUCUUCCCAGUAAUAUGGACGUGUAUCAGAGUCCCGAUCCCCUCCGGAAAAUUAAGAGGGUCAAGCACUUGCACACAGAUGAAGAUGAUGGUCAGAAGUUGAGGAAAGCCAGGCAGAAGAGGUUAGAGAAACUGAAGAUGGUGCAGGUGGAGACAGAUGCAUCAACUGAAACAGACACAGACAGUGUGGUGGGUAACGUGGUGGACCAAAACAGGGAUAAGGAUGCCAACCAUGAGAGUAGGCUGCUACACACGCUUCAGAAGUUGGUAGAGUCUAACAAUGGAAGCUGCCUGCUAGGCAAGAGCUCCAGUCCAACGAGUGACGAUGAAACAUGCGUGCCGCUGGCUGUACGGCUGCUCCGCCAGAUGCAGAACAGCAAUACUACACGACGAGAAAGCAUAGAUAUCGGUGAAAGCAGUGGUGAUAAGCCUACAGAUGGUAUAAGAAACCCUUUUAAGAAGUUUGAAAGUAGUGAGGGCAAUGAAGGAAAUGAAAAUAUGUCCCCUCGUAAAAGUUCACAUUCAAAUAAGAAAUUAUGCUCGCCAUCUGAGAAGCAUUCUGUUUCGAAACAACAUGAGCAAGAGGGGUCUGUAUCUGGCCACAAAUGUAAUGAUGUUCAGUUACCAAUUGUUCCACUAAAGAAAUCUCUGAAGCUAAAUAAAACUAUUGAUCCACCCAUUGACAAGGAUAUAUUAGCAAAUAUCAACAGCACUUUGGACUGUAGUUCGAUGUCAAAUUCAUCUAGAGGCAAGGGUCAUAAAAGAAAACUAAUGCCUCUUUCUCAGUCCAGCUCUCCCACGGUCGUUGAUACCACGUUGAUCAAUGGUGAUUUGUCACAUUGUUUCUCCCCAGCAAGCAAAAAGAGAAGGAUGUGUUCUCGAAUCUCGGAAGAAAUGGAGCUCACGCGAUGUGUGUCAGCAAGCAACGAGGCACAUGAUGCAGAGGAGGCCGGCACUUCUGCCGCUGAACCCUCCCGCACAGGGCACCGAAGGGGCACGCGAGCCUUGAAGAAGGGUCAGGGAAGAUUGACGAGGAGGUCCGUUGCAUUGCCGUCGCCGAGCCGAUCGCCUCAGCUGGUCGUUACACGGAGAAGUUCGGGAGUGUUCAUCAAAGUGAAAACAAAGCAGGAGAGACUGUCCAGGACCUUCCCUACGUUAGUUCUGACCUCGUUUCCUAAAGACAGCUCUACUGGGCUCGGCAGGGACGUGGAAAUGCUGGCGGCGUGCGUGGUGAGGCUGGGAGGCUUCCAGCCGGAGGCCAGGGUGUCGAGCCGGACCACACACGUCGUGUCCAACGGGCCACGCCGCACGCUCAACGUGCUGAGGGCCAUCGCCCGGGGCUGCUGGGUCCUGUCCCAGGACUGGGUCCUCAACUCCCUCGAGGCUGGCAAGUGGCUGCCCGAGGAGCAGUUCGAGAUCAGGGACUUCUCCCCGGCCGUCACGCAGAGCCGUGUGGAGAGAGAGUGCCUGGGGCCCGGCUUCAAGCUGGACCUGUUCAGGCCGUGUGGACCCAUGCUGAUCGCCAAGCAGAGCAAGCCCCCUCCGGAGGACCUGAAGGAGCUGGUGCGGCUGUGCGGGGGUAAGUUGGCCGGCUCCGUCAAGGACGCAGACAUUGCCGUCGGCCUGAGGGCGCGUGACCAGAGAAUCACCUGCGUGUCCGAGAAGUGGCUUCUGGAUUCCAUCACACAGCUGAGCGUCCAGCCAACCAGUCUGUAUGUUCUGGACAGAAGACAGUCUAACUGUGUUAGGUAGGGUUAUUUAUAUUCAUGUUAUCUUUGUAAGAAGCAAACCAUUUUUUUUUAUUUGUUUUGAUUGUGAGAUAUAUAUAUAUUUUUUCUAAUUAUGUUUGAGGAAAUUAAAGUCUUCACUUACUUACUCUCAGUAGUUGAUAUGAAUUCAAUGUUGAGUGGUCAUAUAAGUAAACACAUGUGCAUGAUGGGGUUGUUCCCCCAUCUGAUCACAGGUGGCAAUCUGACGAUCACAAGUCCUGCAGUUUUGUCAUUUCGAACAUGCUUUGGGUCCAAUUGAAUGUAUGUUUGAAAACAUGUAAAAUUAAUAACUAUGCUUGCUUGUGGGAUUCUUCUGGCGAGUAUAUGGUUUACAUUAUGUCUGUGUUAUUUAGUUUAAUUUGUAUAGUGUGGUGCAAUGUGAGAUUAUUUUUGGUGAACAAUAAUCUUACCAACUUUUUGAAAGGGUGCAAGAGUACUCAGAAUGUUGAGUUGAGUUUAAGUAUUCAACUCAAGCCUAAUUUGAUAGCUGAAAAAAUUGGAGUUUUUGACCAUUUGUUGUAGGGAAACAAUAAAACUCAGUGAAACCUCACUGAUAAAAUCCUGGAGUAAUCUAGGAUUUAAUAUAUAAUCGUUAACUUCGUACAUUGCAGUUCAGUAGAAAACGUUAUUAGUUGAUGCAAAUGAUUUAAUAGGCAUUUGUUACACAUGACCUAAGUUUUGAAGCAUGUGAUGCUAUCUUUUCCUGCCGUUUUAUUAUAAUAAAUGUAGAUAAUUGAUAUCAAAGUUGUUAGCGAUGCCGGCUGAUUUUACAUCUUUUACUGUAACUUUCAGUUUUGUUUAGACGUAUUUGCGGUGAUUUAACAUAUCAUUGCCAUAAUCUUGUUUACGUUAACAUAUAUUGCAGACAAAAGUUUUAACACCUUUGUGAGUUCUAGCCUUAAAAAUUGUAGUAUAUGCUGUAGUUAAUACUGUUUCUUAAAAUGGCCUACAAAUAUCCUUUUACAUAUGAACAUAAUUUGUACUGUUCUUCAUUAAAAAGUAACAACCGUAUGAAAUACAUUUCUAUUAUUUAACAUCUGCUUAACUGAAAAUACCAUAUUUACUCGCAAAAGAGUUGCCCUUUCGUAUGGGUCGCACCCUUAAUUUUGGGCAAAAAAUUCAAACUUUUUCAUGGUAAGAGUCGCCCUUGAAUAUGAGUCACACCAAUAAUCUGACUCCAGUAAAAUACAAGUGAAGUACAGCAUCCUUCCCCUCUCCAUCCUUUAUGGCCCUUCCCCCCCUUCUAAACACUAACAAAAACAAAGGAAAAGUGUUUCUCUUCCCCAGUUUUAUACCUGUCGCCUUCCCCAAGAGAGAAAAUACUUGCCGUUCUAAAAUAAUAACAAGCAUACUCUUUACAACAGUUUUGUCAUGAAUGAAAUGUUGCAGUAGAAAGCAUAGGAAAUCUCACGCAAAAACAUUGUUUGGACACAGUUGCGUCACAAAAACUUGUCGAAAUAGAAACGUGUUGUUCACGCACAUUUAAUGGCCACACAGUCUCACUCUUACACGUGCGCGCACACACGUACUCGCUUACCCACUUUCUCUCUCUCUGGCUGGUUUAUUUUUAGAUUCCCCCUCUUACAGAGUGCCACAGCCCAGCGAAAUAACAAAAAUGCCUGAGUCAGAAAAUUUUCAUUUAAAUGUUACAAAUUAAUAUCCUAAAUUAAAAGUCUCUCAACUUCAAAGCAACUCCAUAAAUAUCCUUUUUUAAUUUCAUCAUGCUCCUUGUUACAUUUGAAAGAGUUAAUGUUUUUUUUAUUGAUACUAGUUUCUAUCGAGUAUUUUACAAGGAAAAUUAAAAUAGCUAAUUUACAUCAAAAAUUAAUGUUAAUUGAAGUUGUGAAAUAUUUUUGUAAAUAUAAAUCCAGUACACAGGACUAUCAGGCAUUUGCUAACUACGAUAGUGAUUCAAAACCAUUGUGGGACAUGUAGAGUACUUACUUUUGUGCCUCCGUUUUCUGUUAUUUGAGCUUGAAAGGAAAAUGCAAAAAAAAAAAAAGUGUUUCUGAUGACUCUACUCAUAAAAACUUGAUUUUUUUGCACAUUUUCGAAAAAAAUGUUAAAGAAAUGAAAAAAAAAAGAGUAUUACGUAUUUAAUUUAUUUUAGAUUUCAGAUUUUUGCAUUGAACCAUGCUAAGGAGUACAGACUUGCCAACUUUUGAAACCCUCAAUUAGUAAAAUACAUAAAAAAUAAUAUAACACGUGUAAACUGCUCGCGGCAAUUUAAAAAUUAAUAAACUUUCAUAUCACAUUUUUUUCUAGUAAUCGAAAUUAUGUAAUCGUUUCAACAUACAUUAACAUUGCAGACCAACAAUCAUGCUCAUUAUUUACCAUUAUGGAAACAUUUUUGCUUAGUAUCACAUCAAAGAAAAAACUUUGUUCCUUGUUCCAACAGAAUAUUUAAACGUCGCAAUUCUGAAAUAACUAACCCCCCCAAUAUUUCUUCCAGUAUAAUCUCCCUGGAGUACUGGUAAUGAAAGCAACCUUGACACUAUCAUUUUCAAACUUGCAUCACAAAAUGUUACUACUAGUGGAUAUAAUUUGGAUUCAGAGUAAUUGCUGCCGUCGGUCGCGACUGAAAAUGCCACAGUUUGUAAAUUACAAACAAUUUUAUCAGUUGCAUCUGUUGCUAUUUCUUUCACGAUAGCCGUCGACUUUGUUCUUGCGCAACCAAAUUUUUUUGCUACUUCAGAAUUUGAAAACAUUUUUCUGUUUAUGGGCCGGUGUGACCCGAAACAUUUAAAGGAAAUUAUUAUGUUCAAAAAGUUUGUAAACAUACAUUAUGCGCAUAUCACAGCAUUGUCUGUGCUGUUAUUUUUAGCGAAAUAAUCAGUAACAUUUGAACUGACUGUGACACUUUUAACAUUUGCGAGAUGUUUUGAACAGUUCACGUGGAGAUUGAUGUCAUAUCUUCCGCUGUGCCCAAUGUUGAUGUCGCAUCUGCACACUGAACAAAAUGUGAACUGUGUUCCCUUGCUUGAUUUAAGAAUACACGGAAAAUCCUGCGUGUAUGUAUCGCGAAAUGCCUGAGAAAAAUGUGUAUCAUGUUUCGGGGGCAUUUUCUUCUUCACUUGAUUCCACUUCCGUUAAUUGUGCACAUAAAACGUUUUUAUUAAAAACAUGCAAUAAAUUUGUUUCCUAACCUGUAAUAAACAAAUUCAAAAUUGGCUCAACUUUAACGGAAUAAUCACAACAUAUGCUAAUGCACGACACCAUCUUGCCAAACUAAAAAUGCUAUUUAAACUGGUUCGUGAUUGGUUGUAAGCGCAUCAAUGUAACUCAGGCAGCCAAUAAAGAAAGAUAUACAAUAGAACAACAAAUUACGUGGUUCGCUGGCCUUCGACCAAUAAUAUAACUCAAUUACCGCACUCGUUUCCACAGCAACAACACAUGGCAACAGCUUUCACAAACCAUACAAUAAAACAUUUAAGGCGGAAAGAAAAUAUAUGUUUUAAUAAACGUCUCAUACUUAAAAUUAGUAAAAAAAUCAGACAUCCUCGUGCAAUCGUAAAAUGGACGUGAUUUUCGUACAUUUUACGAAAAAAUCGUAAAGGUUGGCAAGUCUGGGAGUACAUCAAAAAAAUUUGUGAAUGUAAGUGCUACUUCUGUCCUAAUUGUAUACAACCCAGUAAUGCACAAAUGUUUUCAAAAGUUUUUUUUUCUAGCACAUAAGAUUGUUUGUAUAGUCAAGUCUUGAUUAUCUGCAGCACCUACAGGAUCAUAGUACUGUACGUAUAAAAUUAUUUUAUUACCAAGAACACCUCGCAGAAAUAUAAGCUAUUGCCAUAAAAAAUUAUUCAACAUAUUUUUUUCUAGCAGUAGUAAUAGUUAUUAAGUGUAUGGGUUGUAUAGUGCUACUCUUAAUAAUUGUAACUCAAUAUGUAAUAUUAAAAGAAUUGGAAACAAAAUCAAUUCAAAAUGCAGUCACUGCAGCCUGCCUAGAAGGAAGGUCCUUGUGAGACAUCACGGCACAGUGCACUUAUUGUUCUUCUCUCUUCCCUUUCUUCCCCUUGCUAGUACGUAUACAUCUAGAUGUCUGUUAUAUCAGGUUUAGGUAAUAAAACUUCUAUUUUCUAGCAACAAGCAACUGAAAAUGAACUCAUGAUGGCUGCUCAUUAAACAUCAGGCGUCAGGCUCGAAUCAAUGUUUAUAUUUCUUUUGGCUAGGAGAGACGUUAUAUAUGCCCCGUUCAAAGUAUUGAUUUGUUCAUAAGUACUAUUUUAAUAAACUAUUAUCUUAUCAACAAAUUGCUUAUUUUUGAAAAAAAAAUUUAAGGAUUCAUAAUAAACAUUUCAUCAGUGUGAGUUAAAGUGCUUUAUUAUAUAGAGACCUCAGAAAAAAAUUUACCAAAGGCAAUUUUAAAAUAAGGCAAAAGUAGUGCAAAAAGCCAGUACAAUAACAUAAAAGCUGUAAAAAAAAAUCGGUGAAACAACUUUGUUGGUUAUAAAAUUCUAUAUCAGAAGUUUAUUUUUGCCUCUUACUCCCUUAAAAUUUGUAUUCUGUACGUUAUGAGUUGAAACGAGUAUUUUGGUUGAUUCUGAAGAAAAAGCCUCUUUUCCAAAAGAUUUAUUUUAAAAAAACACACCACUGAAAUGCUUUUUUUUUUUUUAACUUCCAGGCAUAUAUUUUUUUAUAACUUAAAAUUCUGUAGGAGGAUGUUUAUAUACUUAAAGUAGUUUGUUGUAACAAGUAGUUAGGUUAUGUACGUUAAAAGUACUGUGAAAUUGUGUGAACAGUUGGUUACUUUAGCUACAUUAAAAUACUAUAAAAAAGUAUGGAUGAUGGUUAAGUUAAGUUAAGUUGCUUUAAAAAAUACCCUUUCUUAAAAAAAUGGAACCACAUUAAGGUUCACAAAAAAAACUUUUAGAAUGCUUGCUGUAUAAACUAAAGCAAAACUUAAUUUACUACCAUCAAGUCUAUACUGACUGCAGUGCUGCCAGUACAAAUAGGUCUAAAGAUCUUGGUUAGCUGUCCCUUAGUACAAAAUAUCCUUGCACCUACAGCGGUAGUGGAUAGUUGCUGUUUUCUGCAGAAUGUUCCACAAUUAUCCCGCAUAACUAUAUUUAUGACUUUUCGUAAACAUUGAACUUGAGCUAAAAACUUUUAUUGUUUUGUGAAUAAUGAAGGUGCCAUACAAAUGCCUUACACGAGAAUCGUUGAUGCAUUAGAAACAUUAUAAAUAGAGCUGUACGAUUCACAAUUUUGCUGAUACACCUGUUACCGAUUUCGAACCAACACAGGAAAAAACACAUUUUGGUUAAAAAAAAAAAUUUUUUAUCAAUUUAUUAAAUGACACAAAGCAACUCAUUAUUUUAUUAAAGUAUGCACUGCAGAUACACAUGUAUUUUAGUGUAUAAAUGGAACAUAACCUCUCCUUUUUUAACUCUCAUUAUUAGCUUCUUUUCAUUUGUUUGGUAACGACUCAUUAGUUUGCUUAUUGAAACAUGAAUUUAUUAAUGGAGGCUGGAAAAUUUAAUUAAUAUAUAAAUAUAUAAAAUAAGAUUAUUUAAUAAUAUUUAACCAUGAAAUGUAUUGAUUUGCAAAAUACAAAGUUUGAAAAAAUGAAUUUAAUAUGUACAAAAUUGCAAGACUUUGUACAUGUUUGCAAUUCCAGAUCGGGAAUUCUAAUACCAUCUCAACGUGUGCGGUGGCAAAAAUUUACGGUACCUAACAUUUAUACGGAAAUGCACUUCAUGUGGUCACUUUGCACGGGAAACAGUAAAUGUAAUUUAUGUUAUGUGAAGUCCUAUGAAAUUUGGUUACUUUUUUAUUUGAUUUUAAAAGCCUUAAGAAAGUUUAUUUAAAAAAAAAAUGUCUCUGUCACAAUAUUAUGAACAUUUCUUUGUAGUUCAAGCAGUUUGGUAUUUUCCGUUGUUUGUAGUGGUACCAGGCUCAAAAUAAUGCAAGUUUCUUUUUCUUAUCUAACUUUACUGUGGCGGUGAUAUGUACGGCUUGCACAUGUAGCUAAGAAAUGAUGUGAGUUCAAAGUAUGCAGUAGUAGGAAAAGUGAAAAGGAUUUUUUAGGGUGUGACAGGCACCUUUAAUUUUUUCAAUAAUAUCGGCCGAAAAUUAACAAGUGUAUCGUGAAUUGGCAGAAACACUGAUUUAACUAAAUAUUGGCAAAAUCAGCUUCUGCCGAUUUGUAUCGACACAACUGUAGUUAUAAACGAGACGAAUAUACGUAUGGCCAUAUGUUGAGAUUCAAGGAAGAAAUAUGAAUUUACAAUGUGGAAUUUCUUUACAUGGGAUUUACUGUAAGUGAAAUUACAUUGAAAUUUUACUAGGCUGUACGUAACUUCCCAUCAAUAAUAAAAAUGGUAUUCUCUCCUCCGCGGAUGGCGAGUGUUAAAACCUGAGUGUGAUGCUUGUUCAAUGCCCUUGAUGUCUGUUGCCAUCUAGAGUGGCUGAACUUAUUUUUUUUUGUCUUCAAUAACAUUCAGUGGCUGUUUUAUCUCACAUUGUUUGUGUAUACUGUGGCUGAUUCCAGAAACGCACUAAGUUCAUACAAUCAGAACUGACAUCUUGUAAGUACAUAAAGAGAAACUAUGUAACUUUAAAUCAGAUUUGACAUUUUAAAUUACAUUAAUAUCAAAUUAUUUAGUUCAUGUAAUAUUCUCUAAUUAUCAAAAUAUUUAUUAUUUGUUAAAAAAUUAGCACUUGAGACUUGAGACUUGGUCUGUUUAAUUAUAGCCUAAUUUUGUAUAAUUGUAUAAUUGUUAGCAACUCAUUAACAAAGCAUUCAUUAGAAAUAUUUGUUUUGAUUUUUGAGACAUGCCAGUAAUAUUGAACCACUGUUGACCCAUCUUGAAAACUCCAGCCUUUUGUGAACAUUGUAUUUCACUUCUUCCUUUAAAACUUUAUUUCAGCUUUGUUUCUUCCAUUUUUUUUUUUUUUUUUUUUUAAUCAGUAGAACUUUUUAAAUUAAUUAUAUGUGUUUAUAUAGUCUACUUUACACAUCUCUAGUGAUGCUUAAAGAGAGAUUACUUCUUGAAUUGAAUAUGAGUAAACCUUAUACAACACAUUAUGUGCUCUUACUUAAGUAACUGUACUUGUGAUUCAAAGCUUGUGUAGAAUUAACUGAUACUAUGUAUAUUCUGUUCAUGCAUUCAGAUUGUUGUAAUAGUGCUAAUUCAUUAUAAAAUAAUGACUUGAAUUGAUAUUUCAAAAGUUUUAAACAGAAAUGCAUAAACUUUCAUGUAUAUUGCUAGAAUAAUGUAUGCCAUAGAAUUUAUUUUAUUUGAAUUUAUUUAAAAAGCUAUAAUUUAUUUUUUGAUGAUAUACUCUCUAAGUCAAAGGUUUAAUUAAAAUUGUAAGCAAAAAUUAUUUAUUGAGUUUGUAAAAUGAUAUACUGUGGCAAGAAAAAAAUUAGUACCUGUUAAUAAUUGCAGAUUUACUAUCAUGACUAUGUGGUAGUUAGUGUGGAAAAUUACACACUAGUUUGGGGUAAGGAACUGUAGAAGUGAUAGUUAAGGUUUACAAUAAAAAAAAAAAGAGUUUUUUUCGAA